AUGGUAUUGAGGUUCUAUUGGACAAGGAUGUUUCUGGUCUUGCUGGUGGGUGUGGGUGGAAUAGGAGCGGUGAUAUACGCAAUCGCUUUGCUGCUCAAUCUAGGCAGCGUGACACCGGGCCUGCAAACGAGUGCCGACAAUGACUACACGAAAUAUGUGGACCCAUUUCUUGGUACGGAGAACGGCGGCAACAUGUUUCCCGGUGUUGUUGCGGCGCCCUUUUCCAUGGUCAAGCUCGGCCCAGAUCUUACGAAUGGUAAUGCAGACGCGUAUAGCGGCUACCUUCCUGAGGGCCAGAUCUGGGGCUUCAGCAUAAUGCACGAAAGCGGAACCGGCGGGGCUCCAAAGUAUGGCGUGGUCAGUCAGAUGCCGGUGUUGGGCGACGUACCCAAUCCCCUGAUCGAUCUGAGCCAGAACCGGAGCGUUAGCGACUCAGCUAAGGUCGGGUACUACAAGUCAUCACUUGUCUCAGGGAUUGAUAUCGAGGUCUCUGCUACAGAGCACGCCGGGUACUAUCAGUACACCUUCCCAUCAGGUAGCAGCUCGUCCGUGGUCGUUGAUGUCUCGCAUGUGCUGCCAUCGUUUAGGGGUCUAGGUUGGGGCCAGGGCUAUGCUGGAGGCUACUUUGGCAUUAGUGAUGAUGGCAGCGCCUAUGAAGGCUAUGGUGUUUACAAUGGUGGCUGGAAUCUGGCUCCAAAUUGGACGAUCUUCUUUUGUGGCCAUUUCGACCAAGCUCCAAUGAGCAGCAAGACGUUCAUUGGCGAAGGAACUACGAUACAUAGCUACGGCGACAACUUGUCGACAAACACCACGUACCGUCACGGCGGCGUCUUCUCCUUCAGCCAGUCGAAAGUAGCAUCAAGAGUCGGCAUCUCCUUCAUCUCUUCAGCACAAGCUUGCCAGAACAUUGCCUCCGAGAUUCCACCCAACACAUCAAUCCAAACCCUCGUAAGUCGCGCACAAACCCGCUGGAACCAACAAGUCUUCUCCCGCGUUACAACAUCAGAAACCAACCUCACCAUUCUCACCCAACUAUACACCUACCUUUACGGCAUGAUGCUGAUUCCCACCAACCGCACAGGCGAGAACCCUCUCUGGACCUCCAAUGAACCAUACUACGACGACAUCUUCACAUUCUGGGACCUCUUCCGAUGCGGCACUGCCCUCAUGCAUGUUCUUCAACCCUCAGCAUACGAAGAACAGAUUCGCAGUCUGAUCGACAUCUGGCGGCACGAGGGCUGGCUCCCUGAUGCUCGGUCGUCGGACUACACAGGUCGAACGCAGGGUGGCUCGAACGCCGACAACGUCCUUGCCGACGCCUUCGUCAAGGGCGUAAGAGGAAUGGUCAACUGGCUAGAUGGCUUCAACGCGAUGAAGACGAACGCCGAGAUCGUGCCGCCCAACAACUUCGACGCAAUCGCUGACGACUCCUCCACGAGACAAGGCCGCGGCGCUCUUUCCGACUGGAAAGAUUACGGCUGGAUCACCCCUGCCUUCACGCGCGCCGUCACCCGCGCCGUGGAGUACGCUGUGAACGACUUCUCGCUCUACCAAGUCGCUUCCGGCCUCGGCUUCUUUGCCGAUGCAGACAGGUACCUGAUCCGCUCCCGCAAUUGGCGAAAUCACUGGAAUCCGGCGCAGACCUCCUUCAACUCGUCGGGCUAUCUAGUCCCGCGGGACGCCAAUGGCACAUUCGUAUGCGGCCGCUGCUAUUGGGCUGAACCAUACUACGAGGAUACGCCGUGGUCGUAUUCCUUCAAUGCACAGCAUGAUAUCUACCACCUCAUCGCCCUAUCCGGAGGGCGCGAAGCCUUCAUUGAGCGACUGGAGACGUUCUUCACCCCAAACCUCACCAGGAAGAAUGCGGCUUAUGGCCACACCUUGUUCGACCCGGCGAAUGAACCGGCGUUCAAUACUCCCUAUCUCUUCAACUUUGUCGGCCGCCAAGACCUGUCCGUAAAGUACUCUCGCUCCAUUGCGAUGAAUUUCUACAACACUGGGCGAGGCGGCAUACCGGGGAACAGCGACGCCGGAUCUAUGCAAUCUUGGAUUCUUUGGAAUAUGAUCGGUCUAUAUCCCAUGACGGGUCAAACCACGUUUCUUGUAGGCUCGCCGUGGUUCAAGUACUUGCGUAUCGCAUUGGGUGAUGGGAAGACACUGACGAUUACCUCGAGGGGAGGGAACCGGAAUUCUGCAUACUACGUUCAGAGCCUCAAGGUGAACGGCCGGAGCUGGGACAAGGCGUGGGUGACGUGGGAAGAUGUCUUCGCGCAUGGGGGCACCUUGGACUUUGUACUGGGCGACGAGCCGGCUUUGUGGGCUACCGGCACGUUGCCGCCAAGUCCGGCUUCUGAUGAGUCGCCCUCUGUGUUCUGGUGA